AAAGAAUUCAGUCACAAAUAACUUUUCAUUACACAUAGUCGAUAAGUUUGAUUGUACUGUGCGUGUUACUCAUUUUGCCGAAAUACUUUUGGUGUAAUUAUAAACAUUAAACCAAUGGACAUCCAACUAUCAGACGACGGUUGCGGAGACGACAAUUUCUCACUACACAGACUAAACGAUGAUUGUCUGCUGAAAAUAUUCAGUUAUCUUUGGAAGGAAGACGCAAGACGUUUAUCACAGACAUCGAAACGAUUGAAAAACUUGUGGGGCUACAGGUUCCGGAAAUUUACAUUCGAUUUCUAUUCCGAUAUGUUGAGCAAGACUACCCCAAGUGGUAGAGUUGUCCUUGAUGUGAUUUUAAUGGAAUACGGUGCAGACAUCCGAUCCUGGCAAUUGAGCAUUCGACGCAGAUUCAAAGAGGAUGCGUUUGAGUUGUUACGAAGAGUCAGCAAAUUCAGUACGAAUUUGAAACAAUUAAAAUUCCAAGGCGUUACCAGCAUGAAUUUCUUGGACUUGAAUUGCCCGGAAUUGACUGAAUGCCUGGCGAAUGUGGAAACAUUGAGCUUUGUGUGCUGUGGAAAGAUAGAUCGCUCGGAUUUUUUUCAGCAUUUUCGCAGCUUAAAACAAUUAUAUUUUGAGGAGAGUGGCACAACCAGUUGUAAUUUGCAGAUCUUGUUCAGAAACAAUACCCAAAUCGAAAUGUUCAAUUUCAAUGAGAGCCGUUCGUUUCUUGGGGACGGUUCACGUGAAGAAACCUUCAGCAACGGGUUUGGAUUGUGCGAAUUCGGACCGAAAUUCAAUAGUUUGUGCUUGGGCCUCAGUCAAGAUUCGCCCAAUGAUGAUCUGGAAAUGUUAAAAAUGUUGCGAUUGUCAACUUCACAUUUGACAAGAUUGAAACUUGACUUGCCUUCGGUCAAACAUAUUGGCACAUUUCUAGCUAAACUUGCUGAACAAGAUACUUUGGAGGAACUAGAACUUGUACGGAUUGAAGUUAGCUUACAAGAAUGUAUGGUCCUCCAAUCUUUUCGAAAUUUGCGACUGUUGGUUUUCUACCCUAAACAACCUAAAUUUGUCUUAUUCAACGAAGAAGACGAAACGGACUGGGCAAACUUGUUCGAAACUUGGCCCUGGUAUCCGGUGCGUUUAGGUAUCAGAACCAACAUUACAAUGACAUUGUCCUCUUUUACACAAGUAGUAAAUCAAAUUCAUCUGGACCAUUUACAUUUGGAAAGCAUAACGGGCGAAGGACAACUUUAUGUCGAAGAAUUUUUAAGGUCGCUGCCACCGAAUAGUCCGCCUCGAACCUUUAAUCUCGUGCUGCAUAAGUUUUGUUUCCUGGUCGAGUGCAGAAGAAAAAAAGUUGUGCAUUGCGGUACGUUAGCCAGCAAGGACCUAUUGAAAAUUGAUUUCAACAUCGCCCCUCUCCAUCAACGAAAGGUGAAAUCUUUUGCUUACUAAAUGUAAACGUAAUGACCAUAAGCAAAUAAAUUUGUAAUAUCCAUUUGAUACAAGUAUAUUCAAGUGACUGUGACUUGAUGACCAGUGUGAUACGUUCGCGAAAAAAAUAAAGCUC